GAAACAAGCCUGCACCUCCCUACAUGGCUGUAGGACUUGUGUGUUUUGCGUGCAGUGGGCACAGACGCAGAGCAGCAGACCUGAUCAUCAGACUUUCUGGGCCUCCUGUCCUCCUGCUGAAGGGCUGAAGAUCCAGACGCUGAACCUGUGCCAGGAAGAGAGAAACCCGAGAUUCAUUCCAGCAUGGAGGGAAGACUGGGUCUUCUCCUCAGCCUCGUCAUGGCAGCGUGUUUCUAUGGCAGCGCUGCUCAGAGGACAGUCUGUACUCAAGAGGCUGUAGCAGACAUCGUCUUCAUGGUUGACGGGUCGUGGAGCAUCGGCACCAAGAACUUCCAGCAGAUCCGUCAGUUUCUGUAUACGCUGGUCAACAGCUUCGACGUCGGGCCUGACCACGUCCGCAUCGGGCUGGUCCAAUACAGCACUGCUCCACGCACCGAGUUCCUGCUCAACACCUAUCAGAACAAGGAAGGCAUCCUCGAGUACAUCAACACCUUGCCCUACCUGGGUGGUGGCACCCAGACGGGGCAAGGCUUGGACUUUAUGCUGAAUGAGCACUUUGUGGAGGCAGCUGGAAGCCGGGGCCAGAAAGUACCGCAGAUCGCUGUGGUGAUCACCGAUGGAAAAUCACAAGACAACGUGGAGUCCCACGCCCAGGAUCUGAAGCGGAAAGGAAUUGUUUUGUAUGCGAUUGGUAUCAAAGAUGCAGAUGAAGAACAGCUGAAGGAGAUAGCCAAUGAGCCGCAUAGUCAGCACGUCUACAGCGUGUCUGAUUUUGCAGCGCUGCAGGGAAUUUCUCAGAGCAUCGUGCAGACGCUUUGCACAACUGUUGAAGAAGUCAAACGACAACUGCUGCAAUUGUCUCAAGAGUGUGCCAAAGCCUCCAGGGCCGACAUCGUCUUCCUGAUCGAUGGCUCUUCCAGUAUCGGCAUCAGUAACUUUCAGGAGAUCCGUCAGUUUCUCCGGAGCGUCAUCACAGGUCUUGACAUCGGCCCUGACAAAGUUCGAGUUGGCUUGGCUCAGUACAGUGAUGAAUCUUACCAGGAGUUCCUGCUGAAAGAUCACAUGGAUAAGCAAUCCCUGCUGGCUGCGGUGGAUACAUUCCCCUACCGAACAGGGGGCACAGAAACCGGCGAGGCCAUCGAGUUCAUCCGGACGCAGUACUUCACAGAGGACGCAGGGAGCCGAGCCAGGGAACGGGUACCUCAGAUUGCUGUGGUCAUCACAGAUGGGGACUCCACAGACGAUGUGAUACAGCCCGCCCAGCGCUUGAGGCAGCACGGAGUCAUUGUGUUUGGCAUCGGGGUGGGAAGAGCCAACAUGCAGGAGCUCAGGUCCAUUGCAAACCGGCCUCCAGAACGCUUCCUGUUAUCUAUCGAUAGCUACCAGGUUCUGCAGACGCUGACCAACAAUCUGCUGCAGACUGUUUGUAUCUCCGUGGAAGAUCAGAGGCAAGCCUUGGAGGAAAAGUUUGCGGACAUCUUCUUCCUGGUGGACAGUGGCGUGACUCCAGCAGAGUUCCAGCAGAUCAAGUCCAUCCUCAGUAGACUUGCCAAUCAACUAAACAUUGGAGCGUCUGCCUACCGUCUCGGCUGGGCUCAGUACGGUCAAGAUAUCAAGGAGGAAUCUCUUCUUAAUGCUUACCAAACCAAAGAGGAGACCGUGAACGCUGUGAGGCGUUUACGCCAGCGAAGACUGCAACCUAACGAGAAACGUAAUCUGGGCAGCGCAUUGCAUCACGCUACCACUCAAUAUUUUACCAGUGCAUCAGGAAGCCGGGCGGACCAAGGCUACCGACAGUACCUGGUUGUUAUAAGUGGAAAAGACUCAGAUGAUGAGGUGUAUAAGGAGUCACGUCUGAUCAAAUCAUCAGGAGUAAUCGUGGUGGGGAUGAGCCUUGGUGCAUCGAUGAAUGAAAUGCGUGUCAUAGCCACUGCACCGUACAUUUACCAGACUAUCAUCACUGCACCCGCACUGAAGGCUAUUUUUGAAACACAGGAAGUAAAGACCUCUCUUACUGGAGAUUGCAAAGCCGCCAAAGUGGCAGACAUCGUGUUCAUCGUUGAUGAGUCUGGAAGCAUCGGGACUCCCAACUUCCAGCUGGUGCGCACUUUCCUGCACUCCAUUGUGAGCGGCCUGAAUGUCAGUACAUCUAGAGUCCGAGUGGGCAUCGUGAUGUAUAACACUGUAGCCAAAGCUCAGGUUUACCUCGACUCCUUCAAUGACAAGGACGAACUGCUGAAGUUCAUCAAAAUCCUGCCUUAUCAUGGAGGUGGUACAAACACUGGAGUCGCCCUGACUUACGCCCUGCAGAAGGUUUUUAUCCCGCAGCGAGGAAGCAGGAAAGCAAAGGGUGUCCAGCAGGUGGCGGUGGUGAUUACAGACGGUGAAUCCCAGGACAACGUGAGCACACCAGCAGCUAAUCUUCGUCGAGCUGGUGUCACGGUUUACGCAGUAGGAGUCAAAGAUGCCAACAAAGCCCAGCUGAUAGAAAUGGCGUCUCAUCCCCCCCAAAAGCACACGUUUAUUGUGGACAGCUUUGCCAAGCUGAAAUCAAUGGAGAUGAGCCUGCAGAGAAUUCUGUGCCAAAACAUCCUUCGGCAAGCAAUCUCCGUCAGUACAAGAAGAACUGGCAUCAAAGAAGGCUGUUUACAAACGGAUGAAGCAGAUAUCUUCUUCCUAAUUGAUCAUUCAGGAAGCAUUUACCCCUCCGACUUCCAAGACAUGAAGAAGUUCAUCAUUGAGUUCCUCCAUACCUUCCGUAUUGGACCACAACAUGUUCGCAUGGGGGUUGCGAAAUACGCAGAUUCGCCAAACUUAGAAUUUGAUCUGACAGUCCACUCAGAUACCAAGACACUGGAGAAAGCCGUAGAGGGUAUUAGACAAAUAGGAGGCGGGACAGAGACAGGAAGAGCGUUGGAAUUCAUGGGCCCACAUUUUGAUAGAGCAAUGGUCACUCGUGGUCACAAAGUCCCAGAGUACCUGGUGGUCAUCACUGAUGGAAAGUCCACUGAUGAAGUCAAGGCUCCUGCGGAAAAACUGAGAUCACAGGGCGUCAUCAUCUACGCCAUUGGGGUGAAACAGGCAGAUAUGUCUGAGCUGCGAGAGAUUUCCGGCGACCCCAAGAGGACUUUCUUUGUCAAUAAUUUUGAUGCUCUAAAGCCCAUCAAGGAUGACAUCAUCACGGACAUCUGUUCUCAAGACGCUUGCAAGGACAUACCAGGCGACCUCCUUUUCUUGAUUGACAGCUCUGGGAGCAUCUAUCCACAAGACUACAACAAAAUGAAAGAGUUCAUGAAAUCUGUCAUCAGCAGGUCCGUCAUCGGGCAGAACGAGGUGCAUGUAGGUGUCAUGCAGUUCAGUACCAUCCAACAACUAGCGUUCCCCCUCAACCGCUACUACAGCAAAGAAGAAAUGUCACAAGCCAUCGAUAGUAUGCAGCAGAUUGGUGGAGGCACGCACACAGGUGGCGCCAUCACUGAUGUGUCGCAGUACUUUGAUGUAAGCAGCGGAGGGCGUCCUGGCAUGAGACAGAGACUGGUUGUGAUCACAGAUGGCGAGGCCCAAGAUGAGGUCAAAGGCCCCGCUGAGGCUCUAAGGGCCAAGGGAGUGGUGAUCUAUGCCAUUGGAGUGGUGGACGCCAACACCACCCAGCUGCUGGAGAUCAGCGGUUCACCCAACAGGAUGUAUGCUGAGAGGGACUUUGACGCUCUGAAGGACUUGGAGAGCCAAGUGGCCAUGGAGCUCUGUGAUCCAGAGAGAGAGUGUAAGAAGACAGAAAAAGCUGACAUUAUUUUCCUGGUGGACGGCUCUACAAGCAUAACCCUACCCAAGUUCAGAAGCAUGCAGAAGUUCAUGGCAUCAAUGGUGAACCAAACAACAGUUGGCAAGGACCUGACCCGCUUUGGGGUCAUUCUCUACUCAAACGACGCCAAGUCUGUUUUUACUCUGAAACAGUACAACUCCAAACGAGAGGUUCUUCAUGCAAUAUCAGCACUCAAGUCCCCGUAUGGAGACACCUACACUGGCAAGGCUUUGGGAUACUCUUUAGAGUUCUUUAACAGCGAACAUGGUGGUCGGGCGGCUCUCCAGGUGCCACAGAUCCUCAUGGUGAUCACAGAUGGCGAUGCUACCGACCGCAACAGUCUGGUUGCGCCAUCCGUGGCACUGCAAGACAGCGGGAUUAGCGUCUUCAGUAUCGGAGUUGAAGGAGCCAACAGGACGCAGCUGGAGAUCAUGGCUGGCCAAGACACUUCCAGAGUUUUCUAUGUGGAUAAUUUCGAUGCCCUGGAAACUCUGUACAAGAAUAUUACAAAUGUCCUCUGCAAUUCCACCAAGCCAGUUUGUGAAAAACAGCAGGCUGACCUGGUCUUCCUUGUUGAUCAGUCUGGCAGCAUCGGCACAGCCGACUACACCACCAUGAAGAAGUUCACCACAGAACUAGUAAACAGCUUCAAAGUCAGUGAAAAGUUUGUGCGAGUGGGACUUGCCCAGUUCAGCAGCAGUUUCCAACACGAAUUUUACCUCAACCAGUACUACAGCGAGCAAGCCGUGAACAAGCACAUCUUGGAAAUGGAGCAGAUUGGUGGGGGCACCAUGAUCGGACAUGCCCUGGAUUCCAUCAGGGCGUAUUUUGAGGCGUCACAAGGCAGCCGAAGAUCUGCCGGGAUCUCCCAGAAUCUGGUGCUGAUCACAGAUGGUGAAUCACAGGAUGACGUGGAGGAUGCCGCUGACCGUCUCAGGGCUCUGGGGAUCGAGGUGUUUGCCAUCGGUAUCGGAGACGUUCAUAAUCUGGAGCUCCUGCAGAUCACUGGCACUCCUGAGAGGCUGUUUACUGUGCAGAACUUCGGCAGCUUGGAAAAGAUCAGGCAAAAGGUGGUUGACACAAUCUGCAAAUCUAAACCCAUCAGAGAUCCCAGUGCCUGCAGCAUUGAUAUCGCCAUGGGAUUCGAUAUUUCUCGAAGAAGAGCUCCCGGUGAGAAGCUGGUCAGUGGCCACACCAAGCUCCAGACAUUCCUGCCAGAUAUCGCCCACUACGUCUCCACAGUACAAGGCCUUUGCUGCGUCGAUCCCCCACCUCUUAAGACUAACAUCGCCUACCGUGUAGUGGGCCGUGAUGGACGUCCCCAGCACGACUUCAGGUUUGAGGGCUACAGCGAGGACGUGGUGAAUAAAGUCAUGGACUUGAGCUUGACAGAACCCAGUAGGUUUGACACUGCUAUGCUGAAAUCCUUUGGGGAGAUGUUCAGCACCGAGUCAAACGCUGGCGUGAAGGUGCUGGUGAUCUUCUCAGAUGGACUCGAUGAAGACGUGAUGAAACUGGAGCAUGAAUCAGAUCUGCUGCGAAAGUCCGGGGUCAGUGCUCUGCUGACGGUGGCUCUGGAGGGCGCGCGUGAUCCCGCCCAGCUGCAGAUGGUGGAGUUUGGUCGAGGAUUCGGCUACAAGCUUCCUCUGACCAUUGGCAUGCCAAGUGUCGGCAGCACCAUCCUCAAACAAAUCGAUGCCGUGUCAGAUCGGGAGUGCUGCGGUGUCAUGUGCAAAUGUUCGGGUCAUGAAGGCAUCCGUGGCUCUCGGGGCACCCCGGGGCCAAAGGGUGUGCCGGGGCAGAAGGGUUUUCCCGGGUUCCCAGGAGAGGAGGGUGUCGCUGGCGAGCGUGGGCCUCCUGGACCGAGUGGACCUCAGGGGGUCCAGGGUUGUCCUGGGCUCAGAGGAGUGAAGGGCUACAGAGGCAGCCGAGGAAACAGGGGCGAUGGGGGUGAGGACGGACUGGACGGCAUUAAUGGAGAACAGGGACUGACGGGAAAAGAUGGCGGUCGCGGAGAGAAAGGAAACCCAGGAAACCCAGGUAUCCCAGGUAUCAGAGGGGAGGCGGGGCUGAAAGGACAGCGAGGACUGAGAGGAGAUCCGGGUGAACCAGGCACUGAUAACACCAGGCCAGGAGCUAAAGGAGACCCCGGACACGCAGGUUUACCGGGAGCACCUGGACAGGAUGGGCUGCCAGGUGAGAGUGGAAUCGUUGGAAACCCGGGUCCAGAUGGAAGAAGAGGGCCGAUCGGUGAAAAGGGUGCACGUGGAGGGCCAGGAGAUCCAGGACUGCCAGGUGCCCCAGGUGCUUCAGGUCCACAGGGCCCCAGAGGGGUCAGAGGUCAACCUGGACCCAUAGGAAUCCCUGGCCUUCCUGGACCUCAGGGUGGACCAGGACCAGCUGGAAACCCAGGAGUAGGCGGACGGCGUGGACCCAACGGACAGAAGGGCCAACCAGGAGAUCCAGGUGGUAAAGGUGUUCCAGGAUCACAGGGACCCAGAGGAAUGCCUGGUCAGGACGGCAGAGACGGUUACGGACCUCAAGGACCAAAAGGUGCCAAGGGAGAUCCUGGUUUCCCUGGUUACCCCGGUCUACCGGGUGAGGACGGCCUGCAGGGAACUAAAGGAUAUCCAGGACGUAAAGGAAACUGUGGUCGAGGCGGGAACUCUGGCAGGCCGGGAGAGACAGGCAGGCCCGGAGAACAUGGAUAUCCAGGACACAGGGGUCCCAGAGGUCCUCCUGGAACCAGAGGCAUGACUGAGUGCCAGCUGAUCACCUACAUCAGAGACAACUGUGCAUGUUCCCUCGGUACGUAUCUCCAUUAUAAUUAUCACAACACAAGUUUGGUGAGUACAAAACAAAACUUCAUCAUCUCAACCUCUUUAGUUUCUUCACAUGGAGGCUUCCUGAUGGUGGGCGGAGGAUGGCAGCUACGUAAUGUUCUCUCAUAGUUUAUAUACAGUAUA